GGCGGCACUCGCUGAUGUCCACAUCAGUGACCAAUAAGCAGCAUCAGCUACCGGAGAAGAAUGGUCCAACAAGGAGACUGAGGAAUGGUCAACACAUUCGGCAAGCAACAUGUUUCGCGCUGCCUGCCUGACCAAUCCGUUAUCUUCUUCCCCGAUGCAUGCAUCAUCAUUUCCUCGCCUUCUUCGUCUCGCCCAAAUCUGCUGCGUGAUCGAUCGCUUCCACUGCAGCAUGCAUCCGUUUCGUGCUCCUGCAACUGCCAUGAUCUGUUUAGCCAUGCUACUGCUGAUCACUCUCCCAAUAGCUAGCUCCACCGUUGAUGCCAUAAACACGACCAACACCACAUCGCCGUUCUGCGAGCCGGCGAGGUGCGGGAACCUUACCAUCGGCUAUCCAUUCUGGCUCGCCGGCAAGCAUCCGCCGGAGUGUGGCUACCGAACUUUUCAGGUCACGUGCGACCAUAGAAAUGCUUCCCUCAAGAACGGCAUCUGGACGUACCAAAUCCAGCGCAUCUUCUACCACAACAGCUCCUUCAUGGUCACCAACGAGCAGCUGACGGACGGCCAGUGCGUCAUCGAGAGUUUUGUCAACGCCUCCUCCGACCUCGGCCUCACGCAGUUCAAGAUUAGCCCCAUAAACCGGGAGCUCGUCUUCCUCUACAACUGCAGCCAGAGUCGACGGCAGCUUCCAAUCUCUUGGGCGCCCGUGAGUUGUGCGAAAAAUGAAUCGUCCAACUCGUAUGCCUGGCUUGCGGGGAAGUACAAGCCUGAUGACGAUUUCAGACAACUGCCGGGGAACUGCACGGUGUCAAUGAUCCCGGUGCUGGGGUACGACGGUGCGGUGGCGAAGAACUACGAGCGGCUCAUCAAGGGUGGAUUUCUUCUCGACUACACGGCCGCGGCGGGGCCGGACGAUUGCGAAGAUUGCUCGAGGAGCGGCGGCUGGUGUCGGGUGAAUGUCACCUACGAUGGGCUAGAGUGCCAAUGCCCCGAAGGCCUGACGUCCUCCGGAUUCACGUGUGUUGGUACACUUAGCUCAAUCAAUAUUAUCGGUGGUGAUGCAUUGGUUAGUGUUCAGGAAAAGCUAUCCUUGUUCUCGGAACCUAACUCUGUUUUCUGAAUAAGUGAAUAAUAACCACGUGCAAUUCUACAGUCAA